AUGAAUGGCCGGCGCAUGUCGCAUGAGGACAAUUCGCCCGCGAAAAGAAACAUCUCAACGAAAGUACCGCCAAUUAGCGUUCCACCCCAACGAGGGACGGUUCGGUUUUCGUCUCGACCACAGCUUAGCGAUGCGUUGAGUUCGUCCGAGCUGCCGGCAGCCUCCGUGGCCACAGUUCGCAAUGAUCGAUUGGUCCGACGUCGCACCACGACACCGCCGGACCCUUCGGCGGCACCGGAAACAUCGGCAGCCAGCCCAACCCGCCGAGCCCCGUCGCGCGCCGUAAGACAACGGACGACAACGGCCGGCCGAAGGAACUUCGACAGUUCCGGCGAAGAGGACGACGACGGCGGGCAGCGGACGCCAUUUGUUUUCAGUCCACGCUCGACGCAGCAAACGGCCAGCAGUUCGUCUCCGUCGCAGCGCUCGGAAGUGGUGGUCCGGAAUUCGUUCGCAAGGCGCGACGAUAAGAACGGCACCGCCGCACAGGACACUCGAAGUGGGCCGUCGAAUGGCGCGAAGGUGACGCCGGCUGAAAGUGGUAAUGGUUCGCCGAACCGGCGUCGUUCGAAGCAGCGGAACUUCCGUGAGGAACCGGCGACCACGGUUGCCACGGUCAGCACUUCAUUUGCUGGUCGUGCCGGCAGAAAGUACAAUCGAUUAACGACCGAAGCGACAAAACUAUCGAACGAAGUGCUAGACGAUGCCGGGGCACGUGCCUCGGCGGAGACGGUACGUUCGAAGCCAGUCCUUCCACGAGCGUCCAUAAAGCGCGUUCCGCAGCAACGCGAUGAGGGUGCCUCGUCGGAAGAAAACUAUCCCGAACCAUUCAAGAAGCUACUUAAAGCGAAACUCAACAACGAAAAACUGCGCACCAUGUACCCCAAGAACCUGGACGGAGGUGUGACGGAGAAACCGACCCGUGUUGCAGUGGCGCAGACUAGCAGCACCGCACCGCCGAAGGCAGAACCCACCGAUAGGAGCUGGAGAAGUUCUUCCGCAGAAGCAACAGCUAAAAGUGCGGAGCGAUUCAGCGGCGAGACUCCGCGGCAAGAGGUCCUGAAGAGCACACGCUACUCGUCGGAACGCGGUGUUUCAACAAAGUCAUCAGAGUACACAGGCUCUCGGAUAAGCAAAGAACAGUCCUCUUCUUCGGAAGCACUUUUGCAGAGUGGCCGCUCGUCGAAGGAGAGCAUCGAAUAUGAAGCGUCCGGAGAGCGCCAUUCGUCGUCGCGUCAACUGAGGACACGCGGUCGGUUCACCGAGACUAAACAUGAGUCCGAGCUGAAGACCAAGAGUUUUGUGCGGGUUUCACAGGAGCAGCCACCGAAAGAUCUACGAUCCUCGAGGGAAAAACCCGACCGGACCUCGGGCUCGGCAGAACGGCUGCAGUCUGUGACAGUCGGUACGCCAAGACCGUCGUCUCGGGGGCGCGGGGUGCAGGUUCUGAGUACGACGACUGCUGGACCUACCACAACCGCCAAGCUGAUCACUCCACGCCCAGUCCGGACGUACACAAGGCGCCAGAACACGCUCAGCUACCUGACCUCGACGACGACGGAACCGACCACGACCACGAGGAAACCUUUCUCACCAGCUCCUCGCAACAGCAGCAGCACCACCAUUCGGAACGAAGUGGACACGGCAGCGUCGCAGGAGUUCGCCCAGCAAACCACACCGGUUCCGAGUGAGCAAAGCACAAGAGCGGCGUCGCGAGUGAAGGUAGACACGGCCACGCGCAAAACGACCCCAGAGCCACCGUCCGGGAACCACCGGGACGAGGGUCCGCGGAAGAUAUCGCUCCUGUACACCGAUCCCUUGCAGUAUCUGCGGAAAGCCACGCAAAGUCCUCCCAUCGUCCCAUCGACCACGUUCAAGCCAUCGGGUGGCUCGGAGAGGGACCACAAUUUGAGAGUCCAGACUCCAGUGACUCCAUUGAAGCAACCGUUUCGAACCCAGCCGAGAAAGGCGUCAGCUGGCCGAUCGAGCAGUGUUGCUGGACCGAUUCCCAAAACGACUCCUACCGCGGUCCCGAUACGGGCUAACAAAAUCGCUUCCAAUAAUGUGCUCAAACGUCCGCUAACGUUUUCAUCGAACCGUGGCAGCAAGAAGUCUGCCGUCUACACACCGACCAUUCCAUCGUUCACUACACCGUCUCCGGUAAAGGUUACACCUGAUGGCAAUAGUUUGCCAAAGCCUGCUAACUCCAGCACAAAACUGCCAAGCCGCCUCGCAAGUCUAUCUUCCCUCUCCUCUACCGCUGCACUAGCUAACGAACUCAGUCUCGACGGCGAUGGCGUCGACGCCGCCGACGGUGCCGCCAUCCGUCUCGGAGACCCGGAGCAGGCGGAGGAUGACUACCGUGAGAACGAGGUGGAGCUGGACGAGGUGCAGUUAAGUCAGGCGGCCAAGGCGGCCAUCGCCGUGAACGGCAGCUCCGGCGCGGAGACCCAGAUAGAUCCCAUCUCGUCCGGGCUGACCCAGAGCCGCAUCGAGGUCGAGCCGCCGAACCAUCGGGACCAGGCCACAUCCGGUGGUGCGGUCACCGUCUCGAUCUUCAGCGCCCUCUCCGAGAUCCUUUCGCAGCCAACCGAAAGUUUACAAUUUUUGUCCUCCAGCACCGAUGCACCCUCUUCGUCUUCAACAACAACGAGCACCUCUACCACUACUACUACUACCACCACCACCACCACAACCACUACGACUACUACACCACCACCUCCUCCACCUGUACCAUCACCAGAAUCGUCUCUCUUUAGUAGCAAGUCCAACGACAAGGUACUGGAAUCACCGGCCGCCACGGCCGACGCCUCACCCUUCGACGUACCGCCCGUGAGCGUGGGCGAUACGUCUGUAAAUACUCGCUAUCUGGAGCCCGCUGGUAACCCGAUUGUAAAUAAACCCGAUCUAACCACCUCAACAACACCACCAACAACUGCAAGCACCCCGAUCGCGGAGGGGAUACCGACCACCGGGAGGCUGACCGAGGCCCCGGCGGCCGACGGUCAGUCGACGGAGUCGGAUGAAAUUUUCUCAACACCGGCCACGACGGCCGCUUCCCCGUCCGACCGUCAGCACGGUGAUCUUGACAACGAGAUUGAGAACCGCAUCCCGACGGCGGAUGACGAUAGUAAUGUUGGGGACCCGCUACUCGGCAGCCACUUUCUUUCCACUGCCUCGCCGGGCGAGUCAUUCGUCGGUCAACGUGAAGAUGAAGAUCCUGAUGACGUUCCUUUGUUCACCACACAGAGCCCCGGAGUGCCGGUGGAAUCGACGGCGACGGUGACCUCGGGAACGACACCGACACUACCACACACUACGACUGAAGCACAGGACGAAUCGGAAAACGCUAUCACAAUUACUGCUACUGCUACUGCUACUACUACUACUGCUUCUACUGAUAUCCGUGCGGUGACGAGCGUGCUUGCUGGUGACGUGACCACCAAUAACUCGGUCGAGUCGAAGUCGGAGCGCGUUUCCGUAGUCACUGCUUCCAACUCUGAUGCGCUACUAAUCGACCGUUCAGCUUCAACCACAUUCAUUCCGCCAGACACUACCGCCAUCACUACUACUUCGCAUUCCACCCAAGAACCCCAUGUCACCACCCAUGUCCAAACCUUCCAUCCAACCGAUCACCCAUCAAGUCCGGAGGAGUCGCAUCCGGUGACUGUCUCGGGCGUGGCAGGAACCACAACCGACGCCGGGCUCGUAGAGAUCAGUUCAACAACCGCCGGCGCUUACACUAAUCAUCGGUACAACUCGGACACCGACGAUCCACGUCCUUCCCUGACCGCAAGUCCGCCAACCGUCACGACCGUUACCAACAGAACACCACCCACCGACACCACCACCACCAUCACCUUCACCACGAUCACCAACGCUUCCAUCACUGAUUCGGAUCAGACGACUUCCACCGUGUACGUUACGUCAGCACCAAUGACCGUAAGUAGGACAGAGCACCCCUAUUCAAGCGUUUCCGAUGACACCACUCGCCCGCCGGCUCAGGUCGGGUCCGCCGAAUCUCCCGAACCUACCAACGACGAGUACCGUCCGAGAUUCAAAGUGCGCAUACCGAUCCUGCCCGUUGGUUUCCACCACGGUUCCACCGAGGGUCCCUCCCGGGUCCCAGCUACUUCUUUCACCCCGUCCGUGACCAUGACUCUGCCUAGCACCACCACCACCACCGAUUCCCCCAAGAGUACGGCGAGGGCCCGGUCGCGCGGGCUCGUAGUCUAUGGCAUUCUACCCAACAAUACCGUGGUGAGGCGUGUGAUCGGCGGCGAGGAUGACGAGUCGGCGGCCCAGUCGACGACGGAAAGUGUGCGCAUCGUGUACGGCAUCUUCCCGAACGGUACCUUGGUGAAGCGCUACCCGAACGGGACGAUCGUGCCGGAAGCCAAGAAGCGGACCAGCCGGGUCGAAGUGACUAACAUUGAUCCACGCGAGCUCCAGAAUCCGAACAGUGCCCUCUACCGCACCACGGACGCACCACCGCUUGUCUUGAGCACUACUACCAGCGCUUCCACUACUAGUACCAGCACGUCCGCCGCAAAGAAUCCGCCGUCCGCCACUCUGUACAGUUCUGCCACUGUUCUGCCACCUCCUAGUACCACUCUCACUACCACAAUGCAUCAACCUACGGGUACCACGACUAUUAUUGAAAUAUUGCGCAAGUACAACGAGGAGAAUCAGUUGGACGCGAAGGUGAAGUCGGACAACGUGUUUAGUUUGGCGGCGGCCAAACAGAAAUCCUCCCGUCUUCUGAAUGAGGAUGGAACAACAACGGCCAGGAGCCGGCCCCCAACAACAAUCGGGAAUGUUACGACCGAGAAACCUCGCGAUGAAGUUCGCGUUGCACGUCCUAACGCACCCGAUUUGGUGUUCCGCUGGAAACCGCCAGCGACUUCGCCAGCGACACCGAGUACGACGGAAGGUGGAGAACGGUUGGAUGCAGUAUCUUCGACCACUGAGCCCAGGUACACGACGCUGGCAGCCACUCCGAGUGUAUCGGAGAAUACCGUUCCGGACAUGACGGGCGUAGGGAAAGGAGCCAAUGGAUUCGUUGGACUAGAGUUGGACAGUGGUGAAGUGUCAUUCGACGCACCGCUCAAUCCAGAUGGUUCAGUCGAAAAUGACGUCAAUCAGCAUUCGAGCAGUCCAGUAGAAGAAAGGGGGUCGAUAAAGAAAGAGGUGCCACAGUUAUCCUCCAUGCCAAUCGCUACAGUAUCGUCUACGAUGAUGCCUGUGUUGACUACUACCACUACAACUACUCGCAAACUUUUCGCCACAAGUAGCACAAGCCGGCCCAUGGCAGCUUCCACUACUACACCACUCCCAACAACAACACAAGCCCAACGAACUACCAGCCGAACAACUACACGCAAACCUUCUUCUAAGCCGCCCUAUUCAUCGACCACACAAAGAACGCGUACCACGACCUACUCGGAUCAGGAAGAUUUGGCAUUUUUGCGACAGUUGGCCCGAUUCUUGAACGUUGGACAAACGCCCUCCACACGGAAAACAACGAAACGGCCAACGACCAAGCCUACAACAACAACAACAACAACAACAACAACAACAACAACAACGACAACAACAACGUCAACGACAACCACACCGAAGCCGACCACGACGCCCAGCCUGAGCACUGUUAUCGUCGAAAAGGACGAUCCUGCGUUCCUGAACGACGUGCGGAAGUUUCCCAACUUUGCGACUCCGAACCCACUGGUCGAUACACCGCUGGCGAACCGAAUUUUGCAGCUGGCCAUCCAGCGCGACCCGAAGAGCAUCGCCCGACAGCCGCUCGCCACGGGCAAUGCGUUUGCCACGUUCGAUAAGGUCGGGCCGUCGAACACGGAGGUCCAGGUGAGGGAAUCUCCGACGUCGACGACGCUGUCACCGGCGGAGAUUGAGAAGACGAAAAAGCAGCUCGACCGUGAGCUGCAGCAGUACAACAGUGAUCUGAAACUGCUCUCGAAUCUGCUCGGCCGUCCCAUCACCGAGAAGGACAUUCCGAGCCUAACCAAGCAGCUAGGUGGCGGAGGCACACGGCCACUCUUGGCCCCCAUUCCGACGACAACAACAACGACGACCCGUCGACCGAGCGCCACGCCCGACGGGGAGCUGCUGAAGAAGUUGCUCCUCACGCAGCAGCAGCAGCAGCACAACAACAACCCGGCGGUCAUCGAAAAGCCGGAGUUUUACGGCAAAACCAACGAAGCCAUCCUGGCGGCGGUGCUGAAGCAGCGCGGUAUAGGCCCGUCGAACACGAACGCGAACAUCGAGGACAUUCUGGCGCAGAUCGCGCCCGAAAGUGCGCGCCCCGUCCCGUUGCCACCCAUCGUUAUUACGACCCCGCGACCUACACCGCCGCGACGGACGAGACCGCCGCAGCCGCAGCCACCGCCGUUGCGCUCUCAGAAUCCCAUUCUGGACGGGCUGGGCUGGUUGUGGCGUGAGUGGCAGGCAACGGCACCGCAGCCGAAUCGCCAACGGCAGACGGCUGGCGGACCAGCCGGCGGAGGAACGUUCGGGCUGAGCGGUGGAGGUCUUGCUGGUGGUGCCGGGGGCGCAAGGACGGCAUCGCUGGCGCAAUCGUAUCGCGACGAAGGACUCGAUCCAGAUGCGAAACCCAUAAACCCGAGCGUUACGGAGGAGGCACCGUCAUUGUUCGGUGGCUUCGGCAUCAAUCCCGGUGGGCAACUGUUGAAUGCGGCCAUCGGCGUGACGCGAGCCGUGUCCCAGUUCCUAGGCGUCGCGCUACAGGGGGCUGCCAAGUCGUUCACGUCCGCCUUCCGUCCACCGGCGGCCGGAGAAGAGCCGGCGGCCGAUGAGCUGAGCUACUACCGGCUCAGCGGGAGAUAAUGGCUCCGGGGGGAAGUGAACGGUGUAAAUGAUGUGUACAUGGGACCGGUAGCCGUGCCGUAAUGUUCGCCGCACUCAAAUCUCUUCUACAAGGACCACUGCUCAACGGAGUAUGGUAUAAGGCAGACUAAUUCAAUUAUCUGGCUUUCUGCAGACGGGCUACACGCAGGGAACUAAAACAGGUGUAUAGAGAGCGAGAGGGAGAGGUAGUUUCUAAAAUAACCCGCCCGGGUGGCAGGCAACACACGAAACGUGAACUUAUUGAUUGAGAUAAGACUGUAACAUGUGAACACUGUAGUUACUUGUUUAUUGUAUCUUCUAUUUAUUGGUAGUUUUGCCAGCUCGAAGGGUUCCAACUCGGGAGGAGGUUUAAGUUUUUGGCUAGGCUUCGUGAGUGCAGGGCGUCGAGUGAUAGUCAGUAGGUCGCCUGAGGCGCGAAGUGUUAGGAACUCGGGCCCCUUCACAAACAGAGGUGUGCCGUAAUGAAGUAAUGCUCAAACAGGCCCGGCGCAUAAGGGUUUCGUGUGGGCCCCGGCGAAAACUAGGAUUAGUCGAACGUGACCCGUGACUCAAGUUAGUAUUAACCGUGUGCGUGUGUGUGCGCCUGUGAAUGUGUGUGUGCGUCUGCCAUUUCCGAAGACAGACUUCGGAAACGGCCUAAGGAACGGGUUCGGCAUCCUGGGUCGCCGUGCCGGGUGCGUUCGGUACCGGCUUGAGUCCAGGCUCUUGUUUUAACGUAGCAUAGCAUAGCUAACUGGGGCUGUUGGGUUGGAAAGUGAACUCGAUUCUU